AUGCACGGCUCGCCCUGCUCGGACAUGGGAGAUGCGCCCGCGGUUGACAUUGUGGACAUCUACGAGUCCAUCCGGGAGCGGCAGCGCCAUGACAGCGAGAGGUCCACCUGCAGCACCUUGGAGCAGAACGACAUCGAAGCUGUUGAAGCCCUUGUUUGUAUGAGCUCCUGGGGGCAAAGAUCACAGAAAGGUGACACAUUAAAGAUAAGGCCCCUCACGCCCUUCUCGGAUUCUGGGGAUUUCACAAUGCACGCCGAGGCUCCGGCUGAGUUACCAAAGGACUGUCUAUCGACACUGUGCAUGACGCCUCCGCACAGCCCUGACUUCGUUGAGAUGUCGGCAGCCACGCUCCUGUCCUCACAGGUGACUUACUCCAAACCAAGGACUGUCAUGGCAAACACAGCUGCCUGCUCAGUCACGUCAGCCACCGGUGCCUCUCUCACCCCCAAGCCAUCUGUUCCCAGCGUGGGGCCACCGUGCAGGCAGAAGCCAGUGAUCUCUGAAUUCCCUGCUCCUCAGCCCUGCAGGGCCAUGGCAACAAGUGUCAUACGGCACACAGGUGAUAGUUCUGCUUACCAUCACAUUCCUGCUGUGCAAGAGCAAACAAAGGUAACUUCAGGCUACAGCGCUUCCAGAGACUGGUGUGGAGCAGAUGACCCAAAACAUUCCAGACUGCCACAGGACACGUGGGCUGCGGAUGAUUUGAUCAACAAAACCUCUCCGGCACAUCAGCCUUAUGCACAUGACUCCAGUGAUAUUGUGACCAAUAAAGGGCAGCUACCAGUCCGGCCUGUUUCGCCACAAACCCACUUACCAAAGAAUUGUGAGAAUGACUUGCAAAAAAGAGCUACCCCAGUGACACCUGCCCCCGUCUCAAGCCCCCAGGUUCUCUGUCAAAUGAUCCCUUUAAAUGGACAAAGCAGCAUGAUUAAUGCCUAUGUCAAGCCUUCAGCUCCAGCACUCUCAACUCCCAUGAAGCCCAUCUUGCCCCAGACAGCCCCGCUGCCCCAGCCUGUGCUCAUGGGCCCCUCUGUGCCUCAGGGGACUGUCAUGUUGGUUCUGCCACAGCCCGCUGUCACGCAGGCACCGCCGUGCCCGCAGGCCCUGGUGACUGUGGGCAGCACCAAGCUCCUGCCCCUUGCCCCUGCUCCCGUGUUCAUUGCUUCUGGCCAGACCUGUGCCCCCCAGGUGGACUUCUCCAGGCGGAGGAAUUACGUCUGUGACUUCCCCGGCUGCAAGAAAACCUAUUUCAAGAGUUCCCACCUCAAAGCCCACCUGCGCACCCACACUGGGGAAAAACCUUUCAGCUGCAACUGGGAGGGCUGUGACAAGAAGUUUGCCCGCUCGGAUGAACUGUCGCGGCACCGCCGGACGCACACGGGCGAGAAGAAGUUCUCGUGCCCGGUGUGCGAGCGCCGCUUCAUGCGCAGCGACCACCUGACCAAGCACACCCGCCGCCACAUGGCCACCAAGAAGACCCCCAGCUGGCAGACAGAGCUUGGCAAACUCAGCAGGAUUGCCACGGCAGAGAAACCCAAGAGCAGCAGCAGCAGUGCGCUGAGUAUGCUCAUCCCCGUGCCAUCACCUGCCUGCCAGGGCUAG